UAAACCUUUUUUGAAAGAUUUUAAAAACUAAAACAUCACGCAGAAAUAGUUAUGAUAUUAUACAGAAAGUGCAGUAUGAAAAAUUUCUGUAGUGUCAGGUGUUGUUGCAAAGAUAGUAAAAGGGUCUUGAUAUACUGUAGUUCAGCUUAUUAAUCUUGUCAAUCAGAUUAUAAGGCAUGGUCUUUUUCCGAAUAACUGACAGUCAAGUGGGAAAGUUACGUGUUUCAAGAGCAAGGGUGAUACCUUAAAAAGAGGUAUUUAUUUAUAGAAGAAGAGGUUUUAUCAAGUAAUAAAAUAUAUUUAAAGAAUGAAAGGGAAAGGAAGUAAUUUGACGACGUCGUCGGCCAAAGUAUAAUGAUUUGGACAUGUAUUUAGAUAACUGCAGAGGAUCAAAUUCGUAAAAAUUAACCAAUUAGAAACAAGCUGUUAAUUACUUUUAAUUACGGUAAUUAACGGUUUUCGGACUUGGAUUUAAAUAAUUCUUAAUAAUAAUAAUUCUUUGGCAGUGCUUGAAACCAAAUCUCGGGCAGUUGAUACAAGAUGCUGUUUAUGUCACGUUCUACACUAUUGGUUUUUUUUUAUUUUUCUACCAGUUUUAGAUUUGUCAAUGAUUUGUUUCUCAUUCAAGUUGGAAAGAUAUUUAUUGCUGCAGCUUUGGUCUGCAAUUUUUUCAUAUAUCUGGGUCUUGACGCGCAUGUGUUUUUGAACUCAUUGCUUGAAUUUGCUCUUUUUUGCCUAUAUAAACACAUCAUAACAAUCUUUACACGGGAUUUCAUGAGUGGCAUUGCUUUAAACUUUUCGUUUAAUUUUGUCAUUUGGUUUAGACAUAGUGUUGCGUAGUGUUUCUUUAGAGUUGGAUAUGCAUUUGAACUUGUGUUGUUUCAUUACUCGACGAUAAGGCAGAAAUGCUGAUGCUGCAAAUUCCUCUGCCACUUCACUAUUGGCUUGGAUGUUCUCUUUUUUUGUUUUUACUUGCAUGAUGAUUGUCUGGUUGUAUAAAUUUGUAAUCCUUGCAAUUUCCCGAUAUCCAGUCUCCUUUUCGUCAUUGAUACAUUGUUGGCGCGAUUUAACAGAUAAAAAAGGUGACACUUUCAUUGUAAGAUUUUAGAGUGUUUAAUUAGCAUGUAAAGUACUUAUUAGUGUUAGUGGUUUUCUGAUACACUGAAAUUGAAGUGGUACCAUUAUUGCAUUUUACUAAUUUUAUUCAUGUUCAACAGUAAAUUUGAUUUAACAACACCACAAAUAAUGUCAAAAUAUGUCAUGAGUAUACUCCUACAGUAAGAAACAUUGUGAAAGAAAACAAAAGAAGCAGACUACAGCUGGAAUUGGAAAAUCAGAACAACAGGUAGGAAAGGAAAGAAAAAAUUACAAGUAUGGAAUGAGACGAGCACAUAAAUAGCAUCUUGUAUCAACUUCCCGAGACUUAGUUGCCAGCGUUACGAAAGAAGUAGUUAAUUCGAUCUGGGUCAGGUAGACUUAAGUACCGUAAUAAACAGUAAUUAACAUAUUUUUUUACGAAUGACCAAUUAUUAUGCAUUUUGACUCUUCUUUAUCUCCUAGGUAAAGAUUGUUAUGCUCCGCCCAAUGACAGAAAAAUAAUGUCCUGAUUUAUUGUCUUUUAACUAUCACUUGUCAAAAAUGAUAGAACUGUUAUUAAAACCACUAAAGAGAUACAUCCGAAUGGUAUCUUUAAUGUAACUUUUUGUAACGUCCUGGUAGCUAUAAAAUUUGGUGAAUGUGGAUACAUUCACCGAUCACAAUGUCAUUUCAGUGGUGGACAAUGUAUAAUCCAGUAGAUUUUAUUAAAGAUAUUAUUUCGUUGUCAAUCUAAGGUUGUCAAGACUCGGAAAGUCAUGCAUAUUAUCCGCAGUAGGAUAUUUUCUUCAGUCGCUGUUUUUGGUGAAUUGAUAAGCGAACUGCUUAAAAGAUUUGUGGUUCAUCAUAAAGAUUCCUCAUCAAAAAUUCCAGAUGUUGCUUUGGCUCAAAUUCUCGUUAAAAACGAAAAAGUCUUAAAAUCAUUUGACUCUCUAAGUCAUCCAAUAAACCAAAAGAAGAUAUAUAACCCAACUUAUCCAGCACAUAAUGUUAUUAAUUCCCGGAUUGACAUUUCAUCUUUGGACAUAACAGUGCAACUUCAAAUUUUAACCAUCAUAGAAGGGUUUGAAACGUCUAAAAAAGACCACCUUCGAAAGUUACAUCAAUGUAUAGACAACUUGCACCUUUCUAGUUGUUGCGGAAGUUGUAAUCACGAAUGCAAAAAGUGUAACUUUGUGAAUUGCAAAGGAGGCUGUUGUGCCGAUAAGAAGAUUAAAAAUUGUAAUCAUUCAUGUAAGAAUUGCCCUGACACGUUUAGAGACUGUAAAGAUAACUCUAUAGUGUGUUGCAAUAACUGUAAAACAUGCAAGAAAUGUGCAAAAUGUAGAAAAGUUGACAAUCAAUGCAGGCUGUAUAAGCUUAAAGCUUCGAUGGAGACUAUAAGGAACCUUAGGAAUUUGGUCGCACAUAUGACUGACAAAGAUUGUGAUAACUUUGAAAAAAGGAAGGAGAGCUUUGAGAAUUUUCCAAGGCAUGAUAACUGGGAAUCGCUGUCUAAAAGUUUCAACCUUGCAAUGGAGAAUAUCAUAAUUUUCAUGGGUGGUAUUAAAGAUCCAAUCAGUAAAAGCGAAUCUGAUAAGUUUAGAACAGAAUUGUACGAUGCAAUAAAUGAUUUACUACCAAAAACGAAAUACGAAAAAAGGAUUAAGGAAAUACUUGCUUUAGACAAUCGCAUACAUGGUUUAGAGAAGGAAAUAAGCAUUAUGAAACCAAUUUUUGAUCAAUUAGUGAAAGAUAUGUAUGGAUCAAAUGUGGAGGAGAAUGUUGCAAUGGCUACCAUUAAAAGAGUUGACACAAGUGGAUUUUUGAUCGAAAUACCAGGUGAAAAAUCUGUGUUGGAUGUUAAAAUAAAAGCAGAUGCGAGUUUGGAGAAUGUUCCAUUCACGUCCGUUACAUCUAUUGAAUCGUAUUAUUAUAUUGAAAGAGUUCCGAGAGAAGAUGAAAGUAUUUCUUUUCAAUUUACCGUUAAGAGUGACGACACGUCUUAUGCGUGUAUAGAAAGUACUGAAUUUACUUAUGACCCUGCAGCCUGUGACCAUCGAAGCUCGGCUUUAAAUAUCGGAUUGGUGUGCCAUGCGAAUGGGCUUUCUAGCAAUGUGCGUUCGAUCAUAAGCGAAUUGGAAGACUUGGAAAUUUCUUCUUUAAAGAAAGUGAAAUUUACUGUACAUGAAGAAAAGAAUGAAAUUACCUUAAAAAAAUGGAAUGUUCGUUGUGGUGACUUUGUAAAUCGCAAUUUUGAAAACCCUUAUAAAGAACAUAUCAAAUUGCCAGUUGAUUGUGUAAAAGAUACACAAAUUGGUCAGUUUGCACAUGUAAUUACAAAGUGGUGUUCCCGCAAAGUCAAAUGUGAUGUUGCUAGUUUGGUAUUGACAGAUUAUGACAGCUACAAACAUGCAAAAUUUUUAGGAUAUGAGCUAUCUGAAGUUAAAGAAAAACUUUGUUUAACUGCAAGAAGCCGUGAAUGCAACAACCGAAUUUUGGUUUAUGAACCUUCUUUGCAUGUAUUUCUUAAUAUUCGCGUGUUGGAACAUGCGGACAUUUUAGAUAUCAAUCAGGCUUUGUCAAUCUGCACUGAUGAUAUAAAAAUGCAUGCGAUGAUCCAUAGGAAAAUCAUAGUUGACAGUAACGUCGUUUACAUUGGGUUGAUUGUAAUCCCAGAUUCAAUUUUCCAAAAAAUUUCAAGAGAAAAGAAUAAAAUUUUGUGUGAUUCCUGUUUAGAACUAUUACUUUCGUACAACGUUAUGAACAGUUUAACGUCUUUUGAAGAAUGGGAGAAAAACAGCCUGCAAAAGAUAGUACAAGAAUUAAAAGAAGAACAUGACCUAGAAGAAAAACCAACAAAUUACGAAGAUACUAUGAAGUCAUAUUUUAAUCACACUAUUGGCUUUAUGGCUACUGCUGAAGUAUAUCUUCCUUCUUUAAGAAAGAUGGAAAUGCCUUCUCUGUCUCGUAAAACUGGCGUUCAAGUUAAGACGGUGUUCUUAACACGUGAACAACAAGAGAUAAUGUCGUUGGCGGAAAACAAGUUAAUAUUGACUGGUUCAUUUGGUUCCGGCAAGAGUGUAAUUGGCCAGUUAAAAAUGAAGCAGCUCUAUGAAAAAGCAGAAGGUGUGGUGAAGAUCUAUUAUGUGUGUUGUGAAAAUCAGUGCUUGUUUCAAUCAACUGUUCAGGAAAUAGCUGAUGAAACUUGCCAAGAGAUUGAAAAACGGAAUGCUCAUAUUAUAGCAAGAAACCUGUCUCAGCUAAAACAAGAAAUGGAUCUUCAUGUAAGUGCGAAUUUGUCAAGAGUAAUGAAAUUGAUAUAUGAGAAAAACAAGGAUGUAUUGGUGCACUUUAUAUUUGAUGAAUAUGAUGCUGAAAAGUUAAAUCGGGAAGAAGCAAAUAGCAUCAGGCAUUUAAUUGAAGAUGAAUCUAUUCCAGGAAUAAAAGAUUCAACAAUUCUAAUAAUCACCCAGAGCAUGGAAAAGCAUAGAGAGUUUGUAAAACUUAACAGGGAUGGUCAAGAAAAUAGUUACAAGCAUGAAAAAUACCAGUUUGAUUUAACGGGAUUAAAGAAAAGCGAGUUGAGUAGAACUAUGAGAACAACAAAUGCCAUUAACGCAUUGAUUACAAUAUGUAUCAGGAAAAUAGUGGCCCAGGCAAGCAUAUUUAACCACCCUAACUUCGCCGCAGCCGACAUUAUGGCCAAAAAUCAGAAACGCUCGACACCUGUGGCAAAAAUUGAGGCUGGAAAGAGCCUUAGUGGCAAAGAAAAAAUUACUUCUAUCUCAGGCAGAGCCGUUACUGAUAAAGAAUUACCAGAUGUUGUCAAAGAGGCGAACAAUGUCAACACAUAUGAUGACAGUAAAGAAACAGUAAAAAAGAAAGAAUCGUUUAAAAUGUCCCGUUCCCGAGUCCCUCGAUCUUCUAAAGAAGUCAUGAAGAAAAUUGAAGCAACUCCAACCGCAGGUAACAUUGCGCUUGAAACACCAGUUGACAUCAAGAACAAAUCUUAUAUACCUGAUGUAAAAAUAAAAUCUGACCCUGCUCUAGAUGGUGUAAGUCAUUUAGAUUACCUCUUUAAGAAGUUAAAUUUAGAAAAUGCUGAAAAAGGAGAAAGCACUAGAACGGAAUUUAGGUUUAAUGGAAGCACUAAACUUGGACACAAUAUUAAUGGUAAACGCCCUGUCUUGGUGCAGUUCAACAGCAGCAGUUUAUAUCAAAAAAAUGUGUCUACUGUCAUCAAGGGAAUUGAGCAAUUGGAGAGUAUAACCUACAGUAUAUGUUUAUUGUCUGUCCUACAAAAGUUGUACAACGACGACAAGAAUGUGGUGGCCUUAUGCAUUGAUCAAUAUAUUGCCAAAAUUGUACCAAUUUUUUGCAAGCUAUUGGACAAAACGUGUGUGGAAUAUACGCCAGUUUCUAACAUGAGUCAUCGCAAAAUGAUUAAAGACGAUGUUUUAAAGUCAUAUAAACCCAGCAAAUCUGUUCUUGUGACUGAUUAUGUUGGUUUCACAGGAAUGGAAGCGGAAAGAGUAUGUGUCUUCGUUGACAAAUCCGACUACUUUUUAAAACAACAUUUGGUAGAAUCUCUUGGGAGGUGUACAGCUGAACUGGUAAUUGUUGAAUAUGAAAACCCAUCAACGGAAGGUAAGACAGAUGACAUGUUGAAAUCGAUUAUUGAGGAGUGGAAAGAUAAGAAGUUGGUUGAUAAGGUUAUCGUUGAAGGCAUAAAAGGAGAUUUGGAGGACGACUUGCUGCUGGAAAUGGAAAAUGCAAAUGAUCAUAAAAAUUAUGGUUUUAAUCCGAAUUCAGAAAAAUUUUCUGAAAUAUUCAGCUUGGUCAUUGCGUCAGAAAAUGCUAAUAUCGCUACUGAUGACAAUAAAGAUUUAAUGAGAAUCAUCGAGAGGGUUGCUCAUGCUCCAUAUAAUCAAAAUACUACAGGUGAUAAUGAUGAUUCUGAAAGAAGUAUCCUUAACCCAAAUCGAAAAGAAACUGGUGUAAAUUUGGACGUCAUUAAUUUCGUGGAUGCAGACUAUUUUUCGGAAAUAAUUGGUAAAAAAGGCGAGAACAUCAAACGGUUAAAUAAAGAAUUUGGCGUGCGUCUCAGAGUUGACUGGAAGAAAAUAAAAAUUCAUGUCAUUGGAAAUAGAAAAUCAAAGUUAAAAGUGCGUGCCUAUUUUCAACUGUUUGUACAUCUAAAGAAAGAGGUAAGGCGGCAUAAGCCUCGUAGAAUGUGUUUCAUAGCAGGUUGUUCGUCCAGCGAUAUUGUUAGUUUAAUUAAAGCUAAUUGCACAAAUGAACAUAAACAUUUAGAAAUUAAAGUUUUAAAACCUUUAGCAGAUAGUAGUAAAACGUUUAGUAACAUUGAAAACUUUGAGAAUACAAUCGAAAAGAUUUUAUUUGAUGCUAAAAGUGACUUAACAAAAAAUGCUAAUGUCAUAUAUGAUUUUAUGGUUCAUCAUGGCCAAUUUCAUUAUCUUGGUAAGAGUGGCGAAUGCUCAGUUGGUAAUCUUUUAUCUAGCACCAAACGUGUAUUUGAAAAGUUGAACCUUACAGCGUUAAAAUUUGAUGGCCUCACUUUACAGCGCUGUGAAAAGAGUUUUACGCGAGUUGACAUGAAGAUACAUGCUCAGAGAACUGGAGUUGAAUUGCGCUAUGUUUUGUUUAUUGAUGAAGAGUUUUCAUCAUUCCUUACUUGUGAAGAUAUCGGUCAGGAUCGUCACUUUUAUCAGGCAAAGGUUGAGGAUGGCUAUUUUUCUACAGAAAAAGUAUGCAAGUCAACUAUCGAUGUUGUUGAUCCUACGAGCAAUAUGAGCAUACGAACUCUUGUAAAUUCGUAUGAAACAACUCCAUCAGCCCUCGAAGUUUUAAAUGCUCAUAUUUCUCCUUUAAAAAACUUCUUGGGGAGUAUUCAACUAUCUAAAGAUUCUCCAAUUGGUGUAAAGUAUAGAGAUAUUCCAGAAGGAUAUAUGAUAUACUAUUUACGCAAAAGUGAAAGAAGUUCUUACAAGUUAGCAAAAUCAACUAUCUUGCGCACCUCUAAGGAGUUGAUAACCAUUCGAAAUGGGCUCAGUACAAUGGACAGGGAAUCGGAUAUGUUCUUAUGUUCUGAAAUUCUUCAAAGAAGAGAUUGGGAUAUUCCGAACGCAAAGUCAGCUUUGCAGGAAAUGUUUGAAUGUAGCGAACAUUUCUUAAGAUGACUGUUUUAACGCGCAGACCUUUACUGAAAAUUGCUUGGUUAGUUAAUGAUCAUUUAAGGGAAAACUUAUCAAUAUUGGGAUUCUGGACAAGUUGAUGUGUCACUAACUAGCUUUUUUAUUCUAGAUAAGUUGCCAAUGGUUACAAAACUUCGCAGAUUUCAGUUCAUAAGCCACGUUGCUAUAGGUAAGAAAGCAUGACCAUAUGGUUAACUGGCUCUUAUAAUCUAUAAAGAUUUUUUGGAACCACGAAGUUCAAAAAAAGUUUCACUAAUAAGCGAAUAUUUCGUUUUUAAUUGGAUUUAUUUGACCUCUAUGGCUCGUUGUUUAUAUUUUUGACCUACAAGAACAAGUGCGCAUGCCUAUUGUUUCUAAUACAAAAUCGAAACAAUGGGCACGAAAAGUGUUUAAUCCAUAUUUUUUUCAUAUAGAUAAAUUUUUGUAAUUUUUGAUGCUGUAAAGUUUGUUUGCACAUGUGCUUUCGGGCAAUUAUUUUUUGCGGACUUCUUGAGUUUUUUAUAAUUUUGCGAAUAUUUUUUCUUCCCGUGAAAAUUAUUGGAGAACUCGCUAUUCGCAAAAUUCGAGAAAAUUGAUUUCCCCAAAAAUUAGGGCUUUUUUUCUUUUUAAAAAAUGAAUUACACUAAUUUUUUCUUCGGGUUUACCUAGAACUACCUCAUAUAUAUGGUAAUUUCGACUUCAGCAGUCUUUAUUUCAUGUCGCUUACAUUAAAUCCCUUUAAAAACGGUAUAAAAUGAGAAAGAAAAUGUCAUCAAAUGCUUUUUUCGCAAAAUGCGUGAAAUUGUUGUCGUGCCUUUCCUACUACUAUUUAACGGAUAAGUUAAGUUAAGCCGAAUUAUAUUGUAAUAUUUUAUGAAAUUAUUAUGUAAAAAGGUAUUUCUUCGUUAUUGUAUGUAUCUUCGAAUUUUUUGAAGUGAAUUUUAGGUCCAUGAUCGCGUGAGUGUGCAUUGGACACUCAGGUACAGAUGAAUUAUUAGUUUUUUUAUUAUAAAUCACGAUUUGUCGGCUGACAUUACUCUUCAGCAUCUGAAUAUUAAAAAAAAAAAAGAAAUUUUUAAAUCUGUUUCACGAAAGUUAAGAAUUUUUGCUUUCUAAAUUGAAGUAAAAGUCAAAAUUUUUAAUUUGCAUUUUGCGCCCACGAGCUUAUGUUUUUUUUUUAGAUCUUAAGUAGUCUCAUAAGUAGUUUUUAUGUUUGGUAACGUUGUUUUGAUUCCCUAGAGAAAAUAUACUCAUAAAAACUUUUAAAGCACGGUUCCCACUAGGCGUUUAAAGCCAGAAAUAUUUUCUUUCUAGUGGGAACGUUGUUUUGUCUUAUGGUAACAUAAUUAAAGCUAGUUAGCGCCAGCGCCAGAUAUAAAAAAAUUGGUAUUUUUGCGCUAGUUAAAGCCAAACAUCAGAUGAUGCCCAUAUGCGUAAAAAUUUGGACUUGAUAAAUUCAUAAUUCGAUUAUAUAGAUAGAUUUUUUUUCCUUUUCUUUUUUCUUGUUAUCCAACAGCAAACACAACCUAGUGGGAAACGUGCUUAACUUGAAGAAACAUGUCACUUGAAGCAAACCAACUAGUAAAAUAUGAUGUAAGAAGUAUCCGAGAUAAAUAUACAGAUUGUAUAUUUCUUUAAUAUAAUACCUUUAUAUAUAAAAUACCUAUAUUUGCAUAAAUAUCUCUAUGUAUCAAUUCUUGUUAAUUUUUAAUUCAUUGAAUGUUUAUUUACGUUGCUUUAUAUUAACUAUGUGUAAGUCUUUUUUUUUCAAAAAACGCUAUAAAAGAAAAAUACUUUAGUAGCUGAAAGCAGUCUCGUAUAAAAUCCGUUGUAGAGAGGUUUUGUCUCUUUAUUUGACCAGAUUACUUUCCUUUUUCUUUGUUCGAGCUUUCCACCACCAUAAUGGGUCAGAUGUCGAUGUUCUUUUUUCAAAAAAUUUUGUGUGCCCCCUCUUUUUGCAGCAGAUUAUGCUCAAUCAGAAAAACCUAUACUGACAUGAGUAAAAAUAAAGUGUUAAGAAGUUACAACUAAUUGAAUGUAAAUAUAACACUUAAGAUUUUUUAUAUUUCGUGCCAUUACAUCAAUAUCACAAACAUUAACCGCUCAAAC